AGGUGACGAGGGCAGGGGAGACGCUCGGAGUGGCUGAGCCUCUGUCCCCACCCAGGUUCUUGCACAGCCCCCGGCCCUGGUGUGCUCCGACGCUAAUGCGGGUGGCCCCGAGGUCCAGGGUCCCCGCAGCCCAAAGCCCCGUCCCUGCCGCGCUCCGGCCUCCCGGGCCCGCUCGGCGACGCUCGGCCGGCGCUGGGGGCGGGCACAGCCCCCUCCCUCGGUGUCCCCUCCCCGUCCCUCCCCCUCCCCCGUGGCGAGGCGGCGGCGGCGGCGGUCGAGGCUGAGGCGGCGGCGGCGGGCGGGGCUCGGCUCGGGCUCCGCGGGCGGGCGGGCGGACAUGGCGGCCAACAUGUACCGGGUCGGAGAUUAUGUUUACUUUGAGAAUUCCUCCAGCAACCCGUACCUAAUCAGAAGAAUAGAAGAACUCAGCAAGACUGCGAGUGGCAACGUGGAAGCAAAAGUUGUAUGCUUCUAUAGACGACGUGAUAUCUCCAACACGCUAAUAAUGCUUGCCGAUAAGCAUGCUAAAGAAACAGAGGAAGAAACGGAGAUGACGGUUGAGGCUGACUUGACUGAGAAGCAGAAGCAUCAGCUGAAACAUAGGGAGCUCUUUCUGUCCCGCCAGUAUGAAUCUCUUCCUGCAACACAUAUCAGGGGGAAAUGCAGUGUUGCCCUGCUGAAUGAGACAGAGUCGGUGUUGUCGUACCUUGAUAAAGAGGAUACCUUCUUUUACUCCUUGGUGUAUGACCCUUCAGUGAAAACAUUAUUAGCUGACAAAGGGGAAAUCAGAGUGGGACCAAAGUACCAGGCCGACAUUCCAGACAUGCUGCCAGAAGGAGACUCAGAUGAAAGGGAACAAUCAAAAUUGGAAGUUAAAGUUUGGGAUCCCAAUAGUCCACUUACGGAUCGACAGAUUGACCAGUUUUUAGUUGUAGCCCGUGCUGUUGGGACGUUUGCCCGUGCCCUGGAUUGCAGCAGCUCCGUGAGGCAGCCCAGCUUGCAUAUGAGUGCGGCUGCGGCGUCCCGAGACAUCACCUUGUUCCAUGCCAUGGAUACACUGUACAGGCACAGCUAUGACCUGAGCAGUGCCAUCAGUGUCCUUGUGCCACUUGGAGGACCAGUCCUGUGCAGAGAUGAGAUGGAGGAGUGGUCGGCCUCCGAAGCCAGCUUGUUCGAAGAAGCACUGGAGAAGUAUGGCAAAGACUUCAAUGACAUCCGUCAGGACUUUCUCCCGUGGAAGUCCUUGACGAGCAUCAUUGAAUAUUACUACAUGUGGAAAACUACUGACAGAUACGUGCAGCAGAAACGCCUAAAAGCAGCCGAAGCCGAGAGCAAACUGAAACAAGUAUAUAUCCCAACUUACAGCAAACCAAAUCCCAACCAAAUAUCCACCAGCAAUGGCAAGGCUGGCACUGUGAACGGAGCUGUGGGGACCACGUUCCAGCCCCAGAACACCCUCCUCGGGCGAGCCUGUGAGAGCUGCUAUGCCACACAGUCUCACCAGUGGUAUUCCUGGGGCCCGCCUAAUAUGCAAUGUAGAUUGUGUGCAACCUGUUGGCUGUAUUGGAAAAAGUAUGGAGGUCUGAAAAUGCCCACCCAGUCAGAAGAACAGAAGUCUCCCAGCCCUACUGCAGAGGACCCACGUGUGAGAAGCCACCUGUCCCGGCAGGCCAUGCAGGGCAUGCCGGUCCGGAACACUGGGAGCCCCAAGUCUGCAGUGAAGACCCGCCAAGCUUUCUUCCUUCAUACUACAUAUUUCACAAAAAUUGCUCGUCAGGUCUGCAAAAACACCCUGCGGCUGCGGCAGGCAGCGAGACGGCCGUUUGUUGCUAUUAAUUAUGCUGCCAUUAGGGCAGAAUAUGCAGACAGACAUGCCGAACUUUCUGGAAGCCCGCUGAAAAGCAAAAGCACUAGGAAACCUUUGUCAUGUAUCAUUGGGUAUUUAGAGAUCCAUCCUGCAAAGAAACCUAAUGUAAUUCGAUCUCCACCGAGCCUGCAAACGCCAACCACCAAGCGGAUGCUCACCACUCCGAAUCACACGUCUCUGAGCAUUCUGGGGAAAAGAAACUACAGUCAUCACAAUGGCCUGGAUGCCUCCAAGAUUCGGAUGGUGAAUUCUCUGGUUUUCGGAAGGGGAGGACAUGAACUCGGAAGCCUGCAACUAGAGACUGUAAAAGAGAUUGCUUUUGUGGCAUCGGUUGGUCAGAGGGCAGAGUCUCCGAGUCCACGGGCUUCAAGCACUUCUGAGUAGUCAAACCGAUAGGGAACAUUUGGCAGAAAACAAAAACUUACCUGCUGCGUGUCCGACUGAGCUAUCCCUAUUCCAUCCUGUUCUUCAAGACCUGCUGCUAUUCCGCUGGUGGUCACAGCCAUGCCUGGAAAAAAGGUGGUCCCUUCAGUGGGAGAGCUCCGUGUACAGCCCUUGGAGGCCUCAGGGGGCAGGGAAGAAACUGUAGGAGCGCACAAUUCCUAUCUGCGACUCCAUGUGUGUGCCCGUGGCACCUAGCUUCCUUCCCGGAGACCUUGCUGUCCCAGACUGGACCUGUCUGAGAACCGAGACAAGCAGAGAGCUACUAGCCUCCUUGCUUCCUAGUUCCCAGCUCCCAGGAGCAGCUAGCUCAGCCAUGGAGGCUGCCGAGAGCCUGGAGUCCCACUGCCCUGCAUGUGUCCGUCCUACUGUUUCCUGCUGUGAAAUUAUGUACAGGAGGGAUGCGGCGUCUUUCUGAGUGGCUUCCCCUUCAGAACGUGCCAGUGUUUCUGUUGUUCACAAUACUUCCCUGCUGCUGCAUUUCUAGGCUUUUUCUCCGUAGGCUGCCUUUCUCUCCUCACCGGGGAAGUUACUGUUUCCUAUCCGCACCCUUACAGGCUUUGCUCCCCGACUCUGUGGGCCACAGGGUCUGGGGCACAGACACUUCUUGACCUUGGCCAGCCUGCAAGUGACUCUCAGCCAUCUGCUUUGUCACUGGAGAGGAACUGGGGUUGGACUGGUUUCCCUUGGGUCCUGGAGAGCUCUGCAGAGAGCAGGUGUCAAUCACGCCGAGCGUGCACAUCAUUGUGACAAUCUGUUGGCUUACUGCCCUCUCCCCUUAUAGCUAAACCAGCUGACAGAGCCCUAUAGCUGGGGUGGAGGGGUCCUUUAGUGGGUCACAAAUCUCCCCAUUUUAUUUUAAGUAGACUCUGUUGGGCCUGAGGGUGGGGUAAAGGAUGGAACCUUUGUAGAUAUGAAUCUGUGUAGAUGGCUUUGUGAUUCCUUACUCCUCCUGCAUUUUUGUGAGCAUAUAUACAGGGGCCCCUGGAGACCUGCCUAUUUUACUGCCCUGGCUGCAGCCCUCAGUGACAUCCCAGAUGGCUCCUCUGCCAGCCUCCACACUUAACUGCAGUCACCAAAGUAAGUCCCUGAGCAGAGGACGUGGCCACCUCUCCAUUAGCAGGGACAGGCUGUGGAGCCUAGAGUCCCAGCACUGUGACAGACAAUUAGAGUCUGACCUUGUGGCCACCUUGGGGCUUGGGUCUUGAAGCAGCUCGGUGGCUGAUAGGAGGUGCUCCAAAGCAGCUGGUUGCAGGACAGAGUGGCUGCAGCUGGAACUGACCUCCCCACACCCACCGAGAAGAGAUGGUGAAAUCUGGAAGUCUGUGUUCCAUGCAGCAGAGAGAAAGGGUGUGUGGUUGAGGACGAUGUCAGAGUUCCAGCUGCCUUGUCCCUUGUCCUCUCCCAGUACUCUCUCUGGGGGAAGAAUUGCAUUUCUGCCUUUUUUUUUUUUUUGGCAGGAUUUCUCUGUAACUUUAGAGCCUGUCAUGGAACUUGCUUUGCAGAUCAUCAGGCUGGCUCGAACUCACAGAGAUCCUCCUGUCUCUGCCUCCUGAGUGCUGGGAUUAAAGGUGUGUAUGCCGCCACUGCCUGGCUAGGAAUUGCUUUUCGUCAUAGGCCUCCACACAGCUAUGACAAGUUGGCACUACUGCUGGGCCAUGGCUUGGGGGGGGGGGGGGGGGGCUGGGUCAGCGGUGCUCCAGGAAACGUGCAAGUGGCUGGUGUUUAUAUCCCUAUAGAGUUCCCAUCGGAAAAGACCCAAGAGAUGGAGAACUGGGGUAUGUCCUCUCUAAAGAAAAGGAAGAGAGAACACAAUUGUCUGUCUCUGGGCCCGCCCUGGGAUUAUGUGGCCUACAGACACAGGGAGAAGUGCUUGCUUGCUUUGCCUCCCUGCUCACCUUCCUUUUUACCCUGUCACAUCCUGCUAACACCCAUCCUGAUGACGGAGGCCUCAUUCUCUCUACCAAGUCCAAGAGGUCCGGAGAAGGUCCUCCACAGGGCUGGUAGAGGCACAGGAGGCCUGCCCUAGCCUAGGUCACAGUUAGCUUUGGGAAAAGCACAGCUCGUUUUGAGCACCAUGGAUCCAGAAUGUUCCUUCUCUCCUUGUAUGUGCGAGCUGGCUCUUGCAGCCCCACCCUCCCUACAUAACUAAGUGUACUUGUUGCUCCUGGUAACUGGGAAGACACAGAAUGCUGAAGAAAUGUUCCAGAAGAAAUACGAGAGGUUCCAAGGGACCCCGUCUUUUGUCUUUGCCUUUCUGAGCACUUGGUGCUGAGAAGGUUUCCCAUCACGGCCUUUCUGGGCCCAUAGUGUUGCCAUCGUGUGUGCCAAUGGCAUGUCCCCGUUGCUCCGUGAGCAGAUGAGUAGACGAACUGAGGCUAUAUCUUCACAGGCCUUUAGUAGUGCUAGGCCCUCCGGGGAGGAUACAAGAAACUGCAAGGCUUCCCUUCUGUCCCCAGACAUUAGCACCACUCUAACAGACUAAGGGUGUGCAAAAGCAGGGGACCAAAGGAAGUUGCUGGAAGCUCCCACAGUACUGCUUUGUCUGUGGCCCAAUGUCUGUCACUCAGGGCUCAGCCAGGAAAGCAAAACUUCUUUUUAGGGUUUGUACAGAAGCAAGGACAGUGGGGGGCGGGGGGAAGUACAGUGAAGAGGCCAGGGCCACUGGGAAGGAGCCACAGCCAUGAGGAGUCAGAGAGGGGAGAAGGAACUUGGCCUCUUCCUCCUGCCCUAUGGAUUUCUGUGGGUGCCUCCCACUAGCUGGCUCCAGCCAGAAGCCAACUAUCCGGGGAACAUGCAGGCGCAGCUCCCAGCAUGCAACAGAGGAGAGCAGGGGAUGGCUGGUGAGCAUCCCUGCAGCAGGUGCAGCUGUGUCUGCAGAGCCUGGCAGUACUGAGACCUUGGGGAAGGAGGCAGAGGAGUGGCCUGCUUGGGUUUUCAUUCUGCUGGGGAGGAAAGAGAUUUACUGGGAGGAAGAGAAAGCCUUUCCUCACAGCUGUCCCUGAUUUCCUUUGAAGUAACUUGCCCACCCAAGCACCCUGCCUUGUGCUUCCUUCUGGAAAGCCAUGUCCUGGUUUCCCUGAGCCCCACCUGCCUGUUCCUCUCCUCUGAGUCUCUGGUUCCUCCCCCUCCCCCCGCCACGAGCACUAACCAGAGCAGGCCUCAGUGCUCGGGAAAACUCUCUCCCACGCCAAGCCAGUGUGGCCUGUGUGUCUGUAGGAGAGACUAUCUAUCU